AUGUCGUUGCAAUAUAUCCCAACAAUUAAUUUGAUAUUGAAUGGCUUCUAAAGAACAGGAUUAUCAUAAGGAUAAGCUUAUUAAAAAGAAUAAUUGUUUUCUGCACUUGACAAGCUUGUAAGUAUUAAGAUUUAUAGGAUAGACUGGAUCAUUAUAUGAUCGAGAUGUUGCUUAACAAUUAUUUGAACAAUGCUAACCAAAUCAAAGAGGCCAGGUCUAGUUAGAAGAUUUUGCAUAAGUUAUUAUAGAAGCAGACAAAGUGCUGAAGAAAAAAAUAAAUCAGACAGAAUAGCAAAUGCAAUAAUACAGAGAAGAGUUGAGAGAAUGUCAACAAUUAGCAUAAGAGUUACAAUGUAUUAGAUAUUUAUAAAAAGAUAAUUAAAAACUCAACCCUUAGGGAGUAGAUAGAGACUCUCAAUUGAUAAUUGUGAUUAAACAGGCUCAUAACAUUCAAUACUCUGAUUAUUAAUAUAGUUUUGUCAUCAUAGCCUUGGAUGGUGCUGAGGUCUAGACCCAAAUGUCGACAGGCGAUAAAUAUAAUCCCACUUUUAACUAACAAUUAAAUUUGUAUAAUUAAUUUAAUAAUAAGUCAAAUUUAAACUGGUUCUGAAGAAAUUUUAAUAAAAUUAUUUGUAUAGGAUAGAAACUAGAGAAGAAUAUUAAUUGGGUAAAGUCAUUUAGAUUUGGGUGAAAUGCAUGAUCAAUAGGUUCAUUCUUAACAAUUAUAAUUGGUUAACGAGAGACAAUAACAAUUACAAACCUAUUUAUAAAUUGAAUCUCAAUGGAUUCAUAACAAAGUAUAGAGAUUGCUAUAAUUAGUUAAAAUAUCACUAAGAGAUGAUUCUUAAAUACGAGCAAACCAUUUAAUAAAGCUAAAUUGAUAUUGAUGAUUACUAAAGAGAUUUAUUGACAAUUCAAUAGCCAUUUUUGGAGAACAACCUUAGAAAUAAUUUAUAAUAAUCAUUAAAGCAACCUUAAAACAAUUCUUUGCCUUAACAAAAUCAAGCUUUUCUGUAUCAAUAGCAAUAGAAUUUUACUCCAUAAUAGAAACCAUAUUAAAUGUAACCUCAACAAUAAUAAAAUAUUCAAAUUCAUCAACCUGAUCCUACUGUUUAAGAUGAAUUAUCAGAUGAAUUAUAUUAUGGGUUUAUCUUAUAUAUGGUUAUGCUGCUUUUGGCCUUAUUUUAGUGUUUUGCUCGUCCAGAUUAUUUAGAUGUAAAAAUACAUAUAUAGUUAGAUAAUCUUAGCAAUGUUGUAUAUGAUAAUCGUAUGUAGAGACUGUUUGGAGUCUACCUAUAUUAAAAUUGUAGGUGCUUUAACUAUUUUGAGCGUAAUUUAUGAUAUCGUGUGGAUUAGCAUCUACAAAGUAAUUCUUGAUUAAAUAUUAGAAUUGGUGGAGUGGCACUGAUAAAACUCUGCCUACAUGGGGAGAGGCAGGUGAUCCAAUUGUUAGAAUGACACUAGUUUUUUGUGUUUUUAACAUAAUUUUGAAGGUUUUAGUUACAUAAUAUUAGUAGACUGCUUUGUGUUAUAUAUUGUUCCAUUAUUACAAGGAAUCUCAACAGAAUAAGAUUAUAGUAUUUAAGUUUUGGCAAUUUGAAUUUCAAGUGGGAGCGCAUAAGCAAAAUUUAUUUACUUUAUAGGGCCUUUUGUUGUGA